GAUAUAUGGGAAAACGGAAUAGAAGGCUGAAAAAUGAAAAGAAAAGGUGAUGGGUUCAGAGAAUAAGCAUUUUGUUCUGGUGCAUGGGGCUUGCCAUGGAGCUUGGUGCUGGUACAAGCUCAAGCCACUCUUGGAAUCUUCUGGCCACAAGGUCUCGGUGCUGGACCUUGCAGCUUCUGGCACCAACCUGCAGAAGAUUGAAGAUGUUCAUACUUUCUCACACUACUCUCAACCUUUGUUGCAGCUAUUGGCAACAAUUCCCCCAAAUGAAAAGGUUAUUCUGGUCGGUCAUAGCUUUGGUGGACUCAACAUAGCACUUGCCAUCGAGAAAUUCCCACAAAAAGUUGCUGUUGCUGUUUUCUUAACAGCCGUUGUUCCAGAUACUCUGCACAACCCAUCCUAUGUUUUACAAAAGUACAUUGAGAGUGUUCCAGCUCCGGAUUGGUUGGACUGUGAAUUCUUGCAGAGUGGAAACAAAACAGUAGUUCGUUUUGGUCCCAAAUUCGCGUCCACCAAACUCUACCAAGCCUCCUCCGCUGAGGAUGUAGAAUUGGCCAAAACUCUGUUAAGACCAAGUUCCCUCUUCCUCGAAGACUUGUCUCAGCAGACAAAUUUUUCUAAAGAGAGAUAUGGGUCAGUUACUCUUGCUUUUAUUGUUUGCACUGAGGACCUUGGAAUUCCAUUGAAUUUUCAGCUCUGGAUGAUUAAGAAUGCUGCUGUCAAUAACGUUGUAGAGAUUAAAGGUGCUGAUCAUAUGGCUAUGCUUAGCAAGCCACAAGAACUAUGCGAUUCUCUGCAGCAAAUAGCUGCUAAAUAUGCAUGAAUUCACCAAGCAGCCUUUAUUUGUUGCCUUUUGAAAUUAACAUGCCUUUUAAUUAUAAGUUCUUAUCUCCAACUAGUAAUAUCAAUAAGAACAACAAUAUAUUAAUACAGACUUUUUUUUUUUUA